GCAGGAGACCUUUCCACAAGAUUACUUUGUUAUCUAGUCUCAAUGUCCCAGGCUGUGCAGACAAAUGGAACUCAGCCUUUAAGUAAAACAUGGGAACUAAGUUUAUAUGAAUUACAGCGAACACCUCAGGAAGCAAUAACUGAUGGCCUGGAAAUUGUUGUAUCACCUAGAAGUCUACAUAGUGAAUUAAUGUGCCCAAUCUGUUUGGAUAUGUUGAAGAAUACUAUGACCACAAAAGAGUGUUUACAUCGCUUCUGUGCAGACUGUAUCAUCACAGCCCUCAGAAGUGGGAACAAAGAAUGUCCUACUUGUCGGAAAAAGUUAGUUUCCAAAAGAUCACUAAGGCCAGACCCAAACUUUGAUGCUCUCAUCAGUAAAAUUUAUCCAAGUCGUGAUGAAUAUGAAGCUCAUCAAGAGAGAGUAUUAGCAAGGAUCAGCAAACACAAUAACCAACAAGCUCUCAGUCACAGCAUUGAAGAGGGAUUGAAGAUACAGGCCAUGAACAGGCUACAGCGAGGAAAGAAACAACAGAUUGAAAACGGCAGUGGAGCAGAGGAUAAUGGGGACAGUUCACACUGUAGCAAUGCGUCAACACACAGUAAUCAAGAAGCAGGGCCUAGUAACAAAAGGACCAAAACAUCAGAUGAUUCUGGAUUAGAACUUGAUAACAACAAUGCCACAGUGGCCAUAGACCCCGUCAUGGAUGGUGCUAGUGAAAUUGAAUUAGUUUUCAGGCCUCAUCCUACCCUCAUGGAGAAAGACGACAGUGCACAAACAAGAUAUAUAAAGACUUCAGGCAAUGCGACCGUUGAUCACUUAUCCAAAUACCUAGCUGUGAGAUUAGCUUUAGAAGAACUUCGGAGUAAGGGAGAAUCAAACCAGAUGAACCUUGACACAGCAAGUGAGAAGCAGUACACAAUUUACAUUGCUACAGCCAAUGGACAGUUCACUGUAUUAAAUGGUUCUUUUUCCUUGGAACUGGUCAGUGAGAAAUACUGGAAAGUGAACAAACCAAUGGAACUUUAUUACGCACCAACAAAGGAGCACAAAUAAGCUUUGGAAAGAUGGCUUUGAAAAUGAACUUUUUUUUAUAGCUCUGGUUUCUUUAAUAUUAAAGAUGCACCAUCAUUGUUUUCAUGGACAUAAUCUUGGAUUUGCGUUCAGUUUCCUUGCUGAGCCAGACUUGUUUACACUAUUAGAAUUUGUGUUUGUUUUUUAUUUAAGCUUUUCUUUUUCAAAGGGACUGAAUGAAGCUAUCCAGUGCGUUCUUUUGAAAUUGUCUAAAUUGUGUCUUUUUACUGACGAAGCAGUGGAUCCC